UUAACUUUUCUGUCUUUUCUGUAUCGCUUACAGGAUAAUAGAGGUGAACAACAACAGUCCUCCUCUGACCUUUAAGCGCUUUCAGACCAUUGUGAGCAGACUGGAGUUGCCCCGGAGACCUCUGCCAACCAUCACCAAGCAGCAGAUGGACAAAUGUCGCACUAAAAUAGCCGACAACCACGACCAGCUAUACAGUAUACCUUCACUGGAAGAACUGGGUUUCAAGACAGAAGGUUUACCUCCAGCUGUGUGGCAUGGAGGAGAGUCAGAGGCCUUGGACCGCCUCAACAAACAUCUGGACAAAAAGGUGUGGGUGGCCAACUUUGAGCACCCUCGUGUCAACACGUGCUCCCUGUACGCCAGUCCCACUGGCCUCAGCCCCUACCUGCGCUUUGGCUGCCUCUCCUGCAGGGUGUUGUACUACAACCUCCGAGAGCUCUACAUGAAGGUACCGUGGAUCCCCGUCACUCUACCAGAGAGAUUACUUCGGGUUACACACACGAGAGUCAGGUCGAUUUCCAGUUUUCUGGUCUGGUGAACGAGCUUAAACCGGUUUUAUUUAUAACCUGCAUUUGUUUUUGUGAAUGAAUGUUUUUAUUUUAGUGUCAUGCCACCUAGUGACCCAUCCCGCAUGGGAUUAUAUGACACCUUUGCAACAAGAUGCACAAUAGUCCAAAGUACAUGUUUCAUUACAUGAAGAUAGUUUCUGGUAUUACGAGCA